AUGUCUCCUCAUAGAAAACGACACAGUGCCUUGGUUCCUGAUGCAGCAACAAAAAGGCGCAGAGGCGAUGAAAAACCCGCCGACAAGGGCGUGUUUGAAGCGCAUCUCGAACACUUAUCCCAGACUUCAGAAGCUGAUAGCACUUCUUCAAGAGAACGGGAAGAGCUCGAGGAAGGUCUUGGUACUACCACCUCUAUCGCUUUCCAGGUAUUCGACAUCGAAACGUAUCAUGAACAAGGCUCAGCCACAUCGUUUGACCGGACAAACGUGAAGCUCUAUGGUGUCACGAAAAGAGGCAACUCUAUUUGUGCGAUUGUAGUAGACUAUUUCCCUCAUUUCUAUUUCCAGGCUCCCGAAGGUUUUGCCGGCGAACAUUUGGAUGUUGCUCAAAGGAAUCUAAACAACGCAAUCGCUACUUCGAUGCGACGGGCUAAUUCAAAUCUUCAAUUGUCUUCCGUUGUUGUGGACAAUUUAGUGCACUUAAGUAUCGUUAAUGGAGAAAAUAUUUAUUAUUACCGGGGCUCUGAGAAAAAGUAUCCCUUUAUUAGAGUCUCUGGAUCCAUCCUAGCUUUGAAUAAAGCUAAACAAGAGUUGAAAAGCAGUGGCUUUUCGUAUGGUGCAGGACCAGUUCAGGUGGGUACUCUGUUUGAGGCAAACAUAGAUACCGAGGUGAAGUUCAUGGCCAGCAGUGGUAUUGUGGGCUGUGGAUGGGUAGAAAUUCCAGUGGGUAAAGCUGUAAUCGUCACGGAAAAAAUAAAAACUUCGAGAUGCCAACUAGAGGUUGUGGUCAAGCAAAAAGAUCUGAUACCCCAUGAUCCGGAAGGCGAGUGGGCCGUUGUUGCUCCUAUCCGCACUUUAUCGUUUGAUAUCGAAUGCAUGGGACGUCGUGGAGUGUUUCCGGAUGCAACCGAAGACCCAGUAAUCCAAAUUGCCAAUAUGGUCAAGAUGAGUUUAUUUUGCUUGCUGAUGGAAGGAGAAACCGAACCAUUCAUACGAAACUGUUUCGUGUUGGGUUCUUGUGCUCCAGUCAUUGGCUCUGAAAUCAUUCAAUGCGAAAGUGAAGAAGAAUUGCUAGGGAAGUUAGUUCUCUAUGACGCCACCUAA